AUGAGAUUAUUACUCGGCGUGAUCAUGGUUCUAUCGGUGCUGGCAGGAAUUGGCGCCAUUUUCCAGGGCGGUGUGCUGGACCUUAACUUCUUCCGUUGCAUGUGGAAAAAGAACUACGAGUGUCCGCACGAGGACAUACGCUUUUUCCUCUAUACACCAACCUUCCGCAAGGGCAAAGUGAUCGACAUGAACAAACCGAAGACCAUCUUCAAAGCCGGCUUCAAGACGAACCAACAGACGGCGAUCAUCAUCCACGGCUUCAACGGGACGCAGACGAGCCGGCACAUCAUGUUUUUGAAAGAUGCAUAUCUUUCGCGGAAGUUCAACGUGUUUGCGGUGGACUGGGAGGUGCUUUCGCAGUAUCCGUGUUAUCUGUCGUCACUCUCCAACACGAAACUAGUGUCACAGUGUACGGCACAGCUUUACUCUUUUCUAACCUUUGCUGGAUGUAGAAGCAAUCAGAUCACCUGCGUGGGCCACUCGCUCGGGGCACACAUCUGCGGCAUGAUGAGCAACCAUUUGACCAAAAAGCAAUACAAAAUAAUCGGACUUGAUCCCGCCCGGCCGCUGAUCGAAAAGCACGCCUCCAAGGAGUUCCGGCUGACGCGCGAUGACGCCAAGUCGGUGCAAAUUAUCCACACGAACGCCGGUUUGCUCGGGCAGAGCGCAUUCACGGGCAAGGUCGACUUUUGCAUCAACGGCGGUCAGGUUCAGCCGUACUGCGAGGGCGACAGGAUAAAGCAAGCUCGUUGUAGCCACUUUCUGAGCGUUUGCUAUCUGGCAAACGCGAUCUUAGCGAGGCGACCGAUGCGAGCCUUCCGCUGUCCGUCCGGGUGCGUACCGGACAACCGGAUACCAUUCGUUAAGUCGAACCGUGUGCGAAUGAAAUGGCUUGCGGUGGGACAGGACACGCCGGGAAAUAUUAGCGGAGGAUACUGCGUUCACAUGUCGCAAACGAUGAACUGCCCGUUCAACUAG